AAGAUUCAAAAUAGAAGGGUACCCCCAACCCCUCAAAAUAAUCAGACAGCGGACCACUAAAAACGCGGAGCAAAUUCAUACUCCUUACUACACUCUUAUUUUAGCAACCAUUACAAUUCUCUCUCUCUUUAAUUACAGAAUGUACCUCUAUUAGUUAACAUCUACCAAUUUAUCUCUUCAUUUGUUGUUGCUGUUGUAAGAAUCUCAUCUUUGAGUGAAGAGAAGGCAAUGGGGAGAAGUGUGAGCCCAAUACUUAGAAGAGAGCUGGAGAAUUUGGAGAAGGAUGCUGAGAGUAGAAAAUUUGCAAUGAAAGCAUUGAAGUCAUAUGUGAAAGAGCUUGAUUCCAAGGCAAUCCCUGUCUUUCUUGCUCAGGUUUCUGAAACCAAAGAAUCCAACGCAUCAUCAGGAGAAUACACAAUUUCACUCUAUGAGGUACUUGCCCGUGUACAUGGACCUAAAAUUGUUCCUCAGAUUGAUAACAUCAUGACCACUAUUAUCAAGACCCUCACAUCCAGUGCCGGAUCUUUUGCCCUUCACCAAGCUUGUUCAAAAGUUGUUCCAGCCAUUGCGAGGUACAGUAUGGACCCAAUGACACCUAAGGAAAAGAAAAGAUACAUUAUACACUCCCUCUCAAAGCCCCUUUCAGAUUGUCUUCUGGGAAGACAGGAGAGUUUAUCUUCUGGAGCUGCUCUCUGCCUAAAGGCUCUGGUGGAUUCUGAUAAUUGGCGCGUUGCUUCAAAUGAGAUGGUUCAUGAGGUUUGUCAAAGAGUUGCCGGGGCUUUGGAGAAGCAUACACAAACAAAUUCUCAUAUGGCUCUAGUCACUUCUUUAGCCAAGCACAAUAGCUUAAUUAUGGAAGCUUAUGCAAGAUUGUUGAUACAGUCUGGAUUACAAAUUCUAAAUAGAAGCAGUGGAGAAGGACAUUCUCAAAAAAGAUUGUCUGCCAUUCAUAUGGUCAACUCUUUGAUGAAGUAUUUGGAUCAAAGAAGCAUACAUUCUGAGCUUAGAAUAGUUAUCGAGGAGAUGGAAAAAUGUCAAUCUGACAAGAUGCUUUAUGUUAGAGGGGCUGCAUUUGAAGCAUUACAGACUGCAAAGAGAAUAUGCUCUGCCUCUGAGAAGGGUUCAAAAUUUGAGAGAGAUGUAGAUUCAAUGACUGGAUCCAACUUUGACAGAAAUCUACGUGACCAAUCACCUUUAACUGCAUCACCAGAAUCACGCACAAUUAAUUCUUUUGUUGACUAUGAACCAUUUAUGGACUCCCCUGUCUCAAUCAACCAAGGCCCUUUUGAUAGGAGGAGUGUGAACCGAAAGCUUUGGAAGAAUGGUGGUGUUGAUGUAUCUCUUAAGGAUGGCAUCUUCUCCGAAUUCACACAUGGAAACUCUGAGCACAAUGAGGGUCAUACUGGAGAUAACACUGCCGGAUUUGCUGGAUUUUUGCCCCGAAAUGGUUUUGUCAGAAGUGCUACUCCUAGUCCUCAGAGGUCACGUUCUCAUGUGAAUGUCGAAAGUGUGAAGAUCUUUGCAACGCCGAGAAAACUUAUUCAUCUCCUUCAGGAUGCCAAUGAUGUGAAGUCAGACGUUUCUGAGAGGAAAACCAGAAGGUUUAGGAGUCCAUCCUCGUGCAGGUGUGAACAAAGUCCAGCAAAGUCUGAAGUAAAUGGCCUCUUCCAUCGUAGAGAUGGGACAAUAUCUAAUGACGGGAAACACUACCAUCUAAACUCGGAAUCAGUAUCUUCUACAGAAGAUGCUCAAGCUAAUGGAGAUUUGCAAGUAUCUUCAAAUGAUGGAACAGAAUCUCAACGCGUCAUUCCCCAAAAAUGCUAUGCUUCUGCUCACAUAUUGGUUUUUGGUAUUUUAGUCAUAGUUUUGGCAGCAUUCAUACUUUUGUUGUGGAUAGGCAAUCAAGACCAAAGCUACAAUCUUGUUCCCACCUAAAAUAGGUAGUUGGUCUUCUAUAGGACCUUCAGUAUCUUAAAUUUUCUCAUUGAGGAUUAAUCUACUUUGCUACAGAACUGAUUAUCCUAUCACCAGAAUUGAUAAGUGGAUGCUAAUUGAAGGCUUGCUUUUUCGAAAAA